AUGACUCAACCAAAUCUUAUUAUUCCCGAACUUGAUAAUGAUCCAGCUAUUAUAAAAAUAAUUCAUGAUGGUGAAAAAUUAGAACGGGAAUCAUAUCGUCGGGAAUUAAUGCAAUUAUUAAAAAUUACACCACCAGUUACAACUGAGUCUGAUCAAUUUAUUUCUCAAACAAUAAAUCAUGAAAAUAUUCAAACAACACCAGGUAGUAAUUCAACUGAUACUAAUCGAACUAACCAAAUAUGGAUUAAACGAACAGUACCAGUAACACCAACUUCAAAUUUACAUCGUCGACAACAUUAUCGUUCAGCUCUUCAUCAACGUUCAUUGAAUAGUAGUGGUGAUAGUUUAACAAAUCGUAGUUUAAUCGAUAGUCCAAAAAGUAGUAAUGGUAGUUUUAUGAAACAAACACGAUCUGAUACAAAUUUAUCUUUAUCACCAAUAUCAAUCAAUAAAUCGAGUCCAAUACAAACACAUAGUAAUAUAUCAUUAACACCAUCAGGAGUUUUGGUAACCGAUUAUCGACAAUCAAUGAUGAUGAAACGUAUUGUUAAUCCGCAAUGGAAUAUUAUUCCUUUUUCAUAA